AUGAUCCGCGCAGUGGCAGAUCAGCGAGAUGCCACCUUUGAAAAAACACCGACGCAGCACCAACGGCUGCGUAACAUGCAGGUAUACACCGUUGAUGGACCACUGAGAUUUGUCGUCAUGCUCAUCGCAGGCAGGAUUCGACGCGUAAAGUGCGACGAAGGCCACCCAAGCUGUACCCGUUGUUCCAGCACAGGGAGGAAAUGUGACUACUACAACAAGCAGGCACCACCGCCACCCGCGGCGUAUCUCCUGGUGAUUCAGGUUCCCCGGUCGCCUCCGCCUCACGCUCGGUAUAUCGACCUGAGAAUAUUCGACUGCUACCACAGACUCCUCGCACCAACGCUGUUGAACUACGGCGGUGAACAUUUCUGGAACCGGCUCGUGCUCCAGGCGUGCCACCACGAUGAGGGCAUCAACCAUCUCAUCAUGGCUACUACCUGGGCAGGAAUUCGAAAUUCAAAGAUACUUCUCCCGGGUAUCGAUUCACCCAAUGCAGGGUUGAAUUACUUCUCGCAUUACGGAAAGGGCCUGGAAAUGCUAGGCCGGGCCGAGUCUCCCGAUCCCGGGGUCAUACUAAUGGCAUGUCUGAUCCUGAUGCUCUGCGACGAGCUCCAAGAGAACCAGUAUGGAGCACUGCGGCACUUGAUGUCGGGAAGAAAAAUGAUCACGUCGUACAUGUCCAGGAAUGAUCGUCGCUACAGCGACACAUCCAUUGCUGAAAUAGUGCGGAUGUUCUCUCGGCUGGAACUACAUACAGGAGAGAUCAAUCAUAUUGCCACGGGACGAUCGCUUGAGAUCUUGAAAAGCGGCGCCGUACCAACUCGCUCAAGUGAACGGCUGUUUUUCAAGUUUGGAUCUGUCGACGAGGCUGUCAACACGUUACAUCGUAUUGCGAUCGACGGCGCACGUCUUCAAUUGAAUUGCUCUCCGCCGGCUUCUCGGUUUCAUGUCGUUCCAAACCUCACCCUUCGACUCAACGACUGGCUCCAUCGCUUCUGCUCGUCCGAGGUCGGCACUCAGAAAGAACGCCAAAUACUCCGACUGUACCAUUUGAGUCUGGACACCCUGUCCCGGUGUGCCCCAUUCAACAACGAAUCCGCGUUCGAUGUCUACUUGAGCAACAUCGAACAACUGGUCAUUGUUUGCAACCUACGGGUGUUCUCCACCACACCCAGCCUAAUCCCGGUCUUGUUCUUUGUUGCCACUCGAUAUCGCAGCGCCAGUGUAAGAAGAAGAGCAAUCGAAUUGCUCCGUUCGUGUGGAACGGAUGGCCGAAUACUAGCUGCUAUCGCGAUGAAGGUGGUAUGGGUUGAGGAAAGAAAUGUCAGCGAACCAAUCACAUCGGCAGAUAUCCCCGAAGGAGACCGUAUUCGCUUGGUGGGAAUGCAUACUGGGGCUUCCCCAGAUUCUCUCCUCGUUGACUAUAGAGUAUGGCCAUAUCGACCCACAGUGCCCAUGGAAAUUGUUACCGUUCCCAUCAGACGCCUCUCACUGGCCAUUGGUGAUUUUGACCCUGUGCAUGCCGUGAGUAUUUGA